GUAUCAUGUUACUUAGUAUUUCUAUCGCAAAUUCGUUGGCGGCGGAUUUUAGCUUUUGUUUCCAUCUCGUACAACGUGUGGUCUAUUGAUGUUAAUUCAAUUAACGUUACAUUGAGUGUAUACUGAUCACUAGACUUUAGUGAACAAUAUUAAAAUGUGUAGAUGAAUUUUUGAAAAUCAAAAUGAGAUUAUUGACUUUUUUUUUUGUGCUUUCUGCAUUAUUGGCAUCGAAUUUCGUGUGUGGCCUUACCGCAAAUGAUCUCAAUUUGCUUGUUCUCACAGUUGCAUCUGAAAAAACUGAUGGACUUAAGCGUUUUAUUCGCUCCAGUAAUCUAUAUAAUAUCAAAACAAAAAUUCUUGGUUUGGAUAAACCAUGGUUGGGUGGUAACAUGAAAAGUGUGGGCGGUGGAUAUAAGCUUAACUUAUUUCUAGAAGCCCUAAAGCCUUACAAAGAUGAUAACAAUUUGGCAAUUUUAUUGACUGAUGCGUAUGAUGUAGUGUUAUUAGCGGAUAGCCAGACAAUAUUGAAUAAGUUUAUUGAUUUUAAUGCCUCAAUAGUAAUAGGAGCAGAAAAAAGUUGUUGGCCUGACAUAAAACUAGCUGAACAGUAUCCUUCAAUUGAAUCUGUUGAUGGCUAUAAAUUUAUUAAUUCAGGAGGUCUAAUAGGAUAUGCUAGUCAACUAUAUAAACUUUUGUCAGAAAAAACUAUAAAAGAUUUAGAUGAUGAUCAAUUGCAUUUGACAAAAUUAUACCUAAAUUCUGAAAUUAGAGAUAAAUUAAAAAUUAAAUUAGACAGCCAUGCUCUUUUGUUUCAAAAUCUUUAUGCAGUUGAAGAUGAUGUGAAACUCAGAGUCAUUAAUAUGUCAUAUGUAUUAGAGAAUAUAAGAUUUAACUCUCAUCCAGCUAUUGUUCAUGGUAAUGGAUUAUCGAAAAAUGUUUUAAACAGCUUUACAAACUAUAUACCAAAUAUGUGGUCUCCUGAAAUUGGAUGCAACUCUUGUCAAGAUAAUAAUUUAGAUCUUUCAAUACUAAAUGUGAAAAACUAUCCAGUAGUGUUAAUAUCUAUAUUUGUUGACAGAGCAACACCAUUCUUUGAAGAAUUCUUAGAAAAAAUUGAAAAAAUUGAUUAUCCUAAAAAUAAAAUAUUUUUAUCUUUUUCAGUAUUUGUGAGUUAUCAUAAAAAACAAGUUGAUGAUUUUAUCUCUAGUGUAACAGAUCAAUACAAUGGUACUUUUGUAUUCCAUAAGACAUCUGAUGAAAUCAUUCAUUCUCGUCAUUUUUCAUUUUCUUUAUGUACCAGUAAAUCAUGUGAUUACAUAUUUUAUGUAGAAAGUGAAGCACACUUGGAUAAUCCACAAAUUUUAAAGAUGUUAAUUCAGCAAAAUAAAAAAAUUAUUGCUCCUAUGUUGACAAGACCUUUUAAAGCAUGGUCUAAUUUUUGGGGAGCUUUAUCUAAAGAAGGAUAUUAUGCUCGAUCAUUUGAUUACAUGGAUAUUAUUAACUAUAAUAAAACUGGAGUGUGGAAUGUACCAUAUAUAUCAACCUGUUAUUUAAUGAACGGAAAAAUAGUGGAAAGCAUGAGUGCUAGGCCUUCCUACAAAAAAGAUAAUAUGGAUUAUGAUAUGGCGUUCUGCAAAUCUCUUAGAGAAAAAGGUGUUUUUAUGUAUGUGGAUAAUAGGUACACUUAUGGACAUCUAAUUGAUUCAAUCACAUUUAACAUUUCAUUAAAAAAUCCAGAGAUGUAUCAAUUAUUUGAUAAUCGAUAUGACUGGGAACAACGUUAUAUUCAUCCAGAUUAUAUGGAAAAUUUCAAUCCUGAAAAAUCGCCUGCAGAACCAUGCCCUGAUGUAUUUUGGUUCCCAAUUGUUUCUGAGCAAUUUUGUCAAGAAUUCAUAGAGAUUAUGGAAAACUAUGGCCAAUGGUCUGAUGGCACAAAUAAUGAUCCUAGAUUGGAUACUGGAUAUGAAGCUGUCCCAACUAGAGAUAUUCAUAUGAAACAAGUUGGGUUGCAUUAUGUUUGGCUUAAAUUCUUAAAAUUGUAUGUUUCCAAAUUGCAAGAGCAUGUUUUUCUUGGCUAUUACUCAGAUGGACCUCCUCGUUCUAUUAUGAAUUUUGUUGUAAAGUAUAAUCCAAACGGUCAAGCAUCAUUGAGGCCCCAUCAUGAUUCAUCAACUUAUACUAUUAACAUUGCUCUAAAUAAGCCUGGAAUUGAUUAUCAUGGUGGUGGAUGUCAUUUCCUAAGAUACAAAUGUAAAGUGACUGAUAUGAAAGUAGGUUGGAUGUUAAUGCAUCCAGGAAGAUUGACUCAUUAUCAUGAAGGACUAGAAGUAAUUAAUGGUACUAGAUACAUUAUGAUAUCAUUUGUAGACCCUUAACCUCAUGUUUUACACUUUUUAUUCUAAUAUUUUAACUUAUAUUUGUGUAUCACUUCUUUAUGAAUUUUAUUACUUUAAUUUAUUCUAUCAAUAAUUGAUAUACUACUACUUAUUUUGUUGUUAAACUAUGUUUUUGUAUUGAUUUUUAUAAACAUUUUUAUGAGCAUACAA